UCUCUCUAACUAUCUCUCUCUAAAUGGCCAAAAACCAAAGAUUUGCUUCAGUUCUUUCACUUAUCAUUUUUCUCUUAAUUUCCUCAGUAGCAAAUGCAGCAAGAUUCAGUGUGUUGAGUUAUGGGGCUAAACCUAACGGAGAAACUGACUCAACCAAAGCUUUUUUAUCAGCUUGGAAUGAAGCUUGUGGCUCAAGUAAGCCAGCCACUGUUUAUGUUCCAUCAGGGAAAUAUUUUCUGAAUAAUGUGGAAUUUAAAGGUCCAUGCAAGAAUAAUGCAAUAUUAUUUCGUAUUGAAGGAACUCUUGUGGCUCCGUCAGAUUAUAAUGUUAUUGGUGAUGCUGGCUACUGGAUUUACUUUAAGUAUGUUGACGGCGUUACUGUUUCUGGUGGGUUUCUUGACGGACAAGGUUCUAGUUUAUGGGAUUGUAAAUCUUCCGGCAAGAAUUGCCCUAGUGGUGCUGCGUCACUUGGAUUUUUAAAUUCAAAGAACGUAGCUAUUAACGGAUUAACUUCGUUAAAUAGCCAAUUUUUCCACAUUGUCAUCAACGGUUGUCAAAAUGUGAACAUCCAAGGCGUUACCGUCUCAGCUUCCGGCCAAAGCCCUAACACCGAUGGAAUUCACGUACAACAAUCAAACGCCGUUACAAUCGUCAACUGCAAGAUCCGAACCGGUGAUGACUGUAUAUCAAUCGGUCCUGGUUCAACCAAUUUUUGGAUAGAAAAGAUAGCAUGUGGCCCUGGCCAUGGAAUCAGCAUUGGGAGUUUAGGAUGGGAUCUUAAAGAGGCAGGUGUACAAAAUGUGACAGUUAAAACAGUUAUUUUUUCAGGUACUCAGAAUGGUGUGAGAAUUAAAUCAUGGGGGAGACCUAGUAGUGGCUUUGCCAGGAACAUAAUUUUCCAAGAUGCUGUUAUGGUUAAUGUCCAAAAUCCAAUAGUCAUCAGUCAAAAUUACUGCCCUGGCAACAAAAAUUGUCCUGGUCAGGAAUCUGGUGUUAAAAUUGAUGAUAUCACAUAUAAGAAUAUAUACGGAACAUCGGCAACACAAGUAGCAGUGAAAUUUGACUGUAGUAAAAUGAAUCCAUGCACUGGGAUCAAAAUGCAAGACGUGAAGCUGAGCUACAAGGAUGAGCCAGCUUCUGCAUCUUGCAGUAAUGCAGACGGGACAGCAACUGGAAUUAUUCAGCCCUCGAGUUGUCUCUAAAGGUAGAUAUUGUAUAGAUGUCUGUUGCUUGAGCCUGAGGUGUUUCCAGCAAUUAACAGUUUGUUGGAGCCCGGCCUUGCAAUUAUAUAAUGCAAAGGAAUUAAUUCUUGUUCAUCAUAAUUCAAAUUAUGCUUUUGUUGGUUUG